GUGAGUAAAGAACUUCCUCCUGAGCAGCAGGAGUGGAGCCACAUUCUGGACCAGGAGGACACUAAGCCCCAACACAUUAAAGAAGAACAGGAGGAACUGUGGAGCAACCAGGAGGAAGAACAGCUUCAAGGACUGGAGGAGGCUGAUACCACCAUGUUCCCCUUCACUCUUGUCUCUGUGAAGAGUGAAGAUGAAGAGAAACCUCAGUCCUCACAGCUUCAUCAGAGACAAACUGAACAGAUGGAAACAGGAGUUGAUGGAGAGGACUGUGGAGGAGCAGAACCAGAGAGGAACUCAGAUCCAGAGAGACAUUUACAACCAGAGAUUGAGGUCAAGAUUGAAGACUCUUCAGAAGCUGAGACUGAUGACAGUGAUGAUUGGAGAGAGACCAGAGAAAAUCAGUCAGAUUUAACCUCUUUGGAAAAUAUUGCUAAUAAGAAAUCACAUUGCUGCUCUAAGUGUGAUAAACCAUUCAAAACCAAAUGGCUUUUGGAGCAACAUAUUAGAAUUCACACAGGAGAGAAACCCUUCAGCUGCUAUGUUUGCAGUAAAAGUUUUAAUCUUAAAGGAAGUAUGACAAAACAUAUGUUAGUUCACACAGGAGAGAAACCCUUCAGCUGCUCUAACUGUGGUAAAAGUUUUAGCCAAAAACAGUCUCUGACCAAACACAUUAGGAUUCACUCGGGAGAGAAACCCUUUGGCUGUCCUGAGUGCAAUAAAAUUUUCAAUAUCGAAACAAAUCUGACAAGACACAUGAGAACUCACAGAGGAGAUAAACCCUUUAGCUGCCCUGAUUGUGGUAAAAGAUUUGGCCUUAAGCAGAGUCUGACACUUCACAUGGUGUCUCUCCAUCAUAUAGUGGAGAACCCCCUCCGCUGCUUUAUUUUUGACCAAAAUGUAUCUAGUUCUAACCAGUUAGAGGAAGACAAGGGUGUUGGAGGUCAAUUUUCAGAGCUUCAUCAAAACCAAACUGAGGAGAAAAGAGAGGCAGGAGCUGACAGAGAGCCAAGUGGAAGAGCAGAACCAGCCAGAGACUCGGACCCAGAAAGACGUUUACAAGCAGACACUGAAGACUCUUCUGAAUAUGAGAACGAAGGAACUGACAAUUGGCAUGAGACAACAGAAUAUCAUUCAGGUUUAAACUAUGUGGAAAACAUUACAACUGAGAAGCAAAGUGCUGAUAUGAAAUUACAUAGCUGCUCUGAGUGUGGUAAAACAUUCAAAAAGAAACAGAAUAUGACCAGACACAUUAGAAUACACACAGGAGAGAAACCAUUCAGCUGCUCUGUUUGCAGUAAAAGAUUUAACCAAAAAGGUGCUCUGUCCACACACAUGAGAAUUCACACCGGAGAGAAACCCUUCAGCUGCUCUCAGUGCGGUGAAAGUUUUAACCAAAAAUGGGUUCUGAUUAGACAUAUGUUGGUUCACACCAGAGAGAACCCCUUCAGCUGCUCUGAGUGCGGGAAAGGAUUUAAACGAAAGUCUAGUCUGACACUUCACAUGGCCCAUCACAGAGGAGAGAAACCCUUCAGCUGCACUGUUCCUGACCAUAGAUUCUUCCUGUCUAAUCAGUAGAUGAGUGUGUUAACUGUACUUUUGGCUGUUGAUAAGCUCUCAGUGAAGAAACCCUUCAUCUCAGUUAUUCCCUUAUAUGGACUGAUAAGUAACAUAACCUAACACAUGGCCCUUAAUUGUGAGCUAGUCAGAAAGUGUGAACGCUGAUUCUACCUACCCGCCCAUAUGGCCCACAUUGCCUCCACAACCCAAGCAUGUAGAACAGGGUCGUCAAACUUAUAUUGGGUCCAGAGCUGGAUUUGUUUAGUUUAAACAAUUGAAUAUAGGCUUCUUAUACCAAUCUGUGAGCGCACACACAAAAAAAAGUAAAAUGUUCCUAAAUCACCUAUCCAGUUAUACCCAGAGUAAAUUGAAUAAUGUUCUUGAACCAAUUGGAGUACAAGCACAUGAAGGUCUCCUUUAUAAGCUUACAGUCGGCAGUUUCAGAGUGUGUCAAAAUGCUAACAAUAAUCAUUUACCUAGGUGGCUCUGGAUCAGUUGGUAGAGUUGGUUGUCUCUCAACCAGAAGGUCGAGGGUUUGAUCCCCCAGCUUCUGCAGCAAAUGUCCGAUGAGUCCUUGGGCAAGACACUUAACCCGAUGUUGCUCCGGCUGUUCGUCAGCAGCGUAUGAAUGUGUAUGAAUGGAUGAGUUAAUACUGAUGGACUCUUUAAACAGCAGCCUCUACCAUCAGUG